AUGGUCCUCAGCAGCCAGGGAGAACAGCCAGGGAAGGUAAAGGAGCAGACUUCAACUUCGACAUCAAUAUCAACAUCAAUAGACAGCAAGCUAAGCGAGAACGAAAGUGAACUCGAACAGGACACAAACUCAAACGCCUUCAAAGUCAGAUGGGUGUGGAGGCAAGAAGGAGGCGGAAAUGUAAACAGAGAGGGAACCAACAGGAAAAAGAAACGAAGCUGA